AUGAAUCCUUUGAAGUCUGAUGAAAGCGAAAACAAAUUUUUUAGAAUUUUACUCAUGGUUGGCGGUGUCCUAGGCCUUCAUCGUCUCUAUCUUGAGCAGAUACCUGAAACGUUCAUCUUCAUUUCUACUGGCGGCGUGUUUUUGUUGGGAGUUUUGUACGACAGCUUUUUUCUGGGCAAACAGGUCGAGUUCUACAACAUGCUCAAGUUGGGCGAGGGAGAAGAGAUGAAGAAAUACAAGAAUGGAAAGCUGAUGACAAAUUUAUCUCGGAUGGUCUCCUUUUCACUUCCAAGAUUUGUUGCUUCUGUUGCAUAUGGAACGACUUUAGGUUUUCUGUGUUGGAUGGCUGGUAGUGUGACGUUUGGAAAAUCGGCCAGUGACAAUAAAACGGAUGUCAGCGAUUUAGCGUUUUCAGGCGUCUACAUAAUUGGGAACUGCGACCGAGAGUGCAGAGAUCUUGUGUACAUUUGGAUCGGAAGCUUUUCUACCACUUUUAUUCAUGUAAACCAUUUUUUUAUUACCGAUAACUGCAUGAGAUCAUUACUGUUUGCUGCUGUAGUUGCGACGUGGCUCGGUAAUCGGACGGCAAGAGUGAGGACUUCCUUCCAUCGGCCAUUCACAUGGAAACAUCUUAUAUUCUGGACUUCGUUGUUCGGUCUUCUACUCGGAGUCAUUGCUGUUGGCGCAACACGUCAUAUAUUUCACAGACGAGUAAGUUUUACUAUUUGCUCAUACACUUGUCUAUUAAAGUGUGUUGAAGCGUGCGUAUGUGUAGAGUUCCACUUUUUUUCUUACAUUCAUUUUCAGGAGAGGAAAUGGUGGGACGUUGACUUAGUUGGACGAGCUCCUGUAUGGGCAGAUAUGGCAGCCGUUUUCAUAGUAGAUUUGAUCCAUCAGGAAGCACGAGUUUUGCGGAAACGUAGCAGAGUUGAACCGUUAAAAUGGGCUCUGUGGAGAAUGUAUUUGAUUACGAGAGAACAAUCAGGCCCUCCCUCAGAACAAGAAAAAGGAGCUCGAGAUUUCCGUUUUCUUGGCACAGCUAAAGCAUGCGAUAUCAUCAGUAAAUGA